CAUCGUACACACCAACCACUCAAGCCUGGCUGUUGUGUCCAUACCUACCUGAUAGCGUGAGGGAGUAAGGGCAAACAGCGUUAUCGCCGACUCCAGGCUGCUAUCUGCAUAGACUUAGACCUACAAAUUCACAGCACUAUAGGAGUCAAGGACCAGAGCAUCCUUAUACAAGAAACAGGUAUACAACAUGGCAGCGUUGCUAGGAAACUGGCAGUUGGAUCGUCACGAAAACAUGGACGACUACAUGAAGGCUGUCGGUGUGAACAUUCUGGUGAGAAAAGUGGGCCUCUCUCUCACGAGCUACGAGGAAAUCAAGCAGGAUGGCGACUGCUGGGACAUCCACAUCACAUCAACUUUUAAGAACGCUCAAUUAAAAUUCAAGCUCGGGGAGGAAUUUGAAGAAGAGACCAUGGAUGGAAGGAAAGUCAAGUCGACGUUUGCCCUGGAAGGCGAUAAACUGAUACACCACCAGACGGCCGUGAAGGAAGGUGGCGAGAACUCGACGAUUACGCGAGAGGUUGAAGGGGAGACGCUGGUUAUCACCUUCGUGGCGCUGAAACAGAAUGUGACGGCCAAAAGGUUUUAUAAACGCUACACAAAAUAGGCCUGUGUAUCAGUAAUAUAGGAAGAGUCCCCACAUCGUGCAUCAUCAGUAUCAAGCACCUGGUCCAUCGCACUCUUGGCGUAUCCUGUAGAUGUCUGUUCUGCACCAGGACAACCUCAGAGCCGGCACCUGCAGGAAAUACUCUUGAGGGCAGUUUUGGACAGUUGGGCGUUGUGUUGCCUUUCAUAAAAAUCGUCAAGAGCAACAUUUUAAUGUAGUUUCUAAUUGUCUGUGUUGCGUGAAUAAAUACAAUUUUCCAUA